AGCAGGAAACCCCGGGCGCGGCAGAGGAGCGGCGGAGGCUGAGAGAGCGGAACAGAGCGGAGCUCGGUACAGUUGCAGAAAAAAUGUCAAUUGUGAAGAUCCAUGCCCGGGAGAUACUGGAUUCCAGGGGGAAUCCCACCGUUGAGGUCGAUCUGUACACGGCUAAAGGUCAUUUCCGGGCAGCUGUGCCCAGUGGAGCUUCCACAGGGAUUCAUGAAGCUCUCGAACUCCGUGAUGGAGACAAAUCCAGGUAUCUGGGCAAAGGGGUACUGACUGCUGUUAAACACAUCAAUGAAACUAUCGCCCCAGCACUGAUUAGCAAGAAACUGAGUGUGGUUGAACAGGAGAAGAUUGAUGAACUGAUGUUGGGACUUGAUGGAACACCAAAUAAAUCUAAAUUGGGUGCCAAUGCCAUCCUGGGAGUGUCUCUUGCAGUUUGCAAAGCUGGUGCAAAGGAGAAGGGUGUCCCUCUGUUUCGCCACAUUGCUGACCUCGCUGGCAACAAGGAGCUCAUCCUCCCAGUCCCGGCUUUCAAUGUCAUCAAUGGGGGUUCCCAUGCCGGUAACAAACUGGCCAUGCAGGAGUUCAUGAUCCUGCCAGUGGGAGCCAGCAGCUUCAAGAACGCCAUGCGUAUUGGAGCAGAGGUCUACCACAACCUGAAGAACGUUAUCAAGGCCAAAUACGGAAAAGAUGCCACCAACGUGGGUGAUGAAGGAGGAUUCGCUCCCAACAUCCUGGAGAACAAUGAAGCACUGGAACUGCUGAAGUCAGCAAUUGAGAAGGCCGGUUAUCCGGACAAGAUCGUCAUCGGAAUGGAUGUGGCUGCUUCGGAAUUCUGCCGCAAAGGGCAGUACGACCUGGACUUCAAGUCCCCGGAUGAUCCCAGCCGCUACAUCUCUGGGGAGAAGCUGGGUGACCUGUAUAAAAGCUUCAUCAAACAUUACCCCGUGGUCUCCAUCGAGGAUCCCUUUGACCAGGAUGACUGGGAGCACUGGUCCAAGUUCACCGCCGGUGUAUCCAUCCAGGUUGUGGGUGACGACCUCACAGUCACCAACCCCAAGAGGAUCCAGACUGCUAUCGACAAGAAAGCCUGCAACUGCCUCCUGCUGAAGGUCAAUCAGAUCGGAUCGGUCACCGAAUCCAUUAAAGCCUGUAAACUGGCUCAAUCUCAUGGCUGGGGAGUGAUGGUGAGUCACCGCUCUGGCGAGACUGAGGAUCCUUUCAUUGCCGACCUGGUUGUUGGGCUCUGCACAGGGCAGAUUAAGACUGGUGCUCCCUGCCGCAGUGAGCGAUUGUCCAAGUACAACCAGCUGAUGAGGAUUGAGGAGGAGUUGGGAGAGAAGGCAAAGUUUGCUGGCCACAACUUCCGGCACCCUUUGAAGCACUGAUCUCCCUGCAAGAGUUGUACAGAGCAGAAUCAACGAUCUGAUAACCACACUCACUGAUCAACUCUCAUCCGUUGUCUCCCCACCAGCCUCUGCCUCACGGCUCCCUCACAAGGCUUUUAGCCGAUUAGAUGUUACAUUCAAAUCAGACUGUGCAAUGUAUUGGUGAAUAAACAUUGUCACUCCAA